UUCAUCCUGGUGCCUGGUCCACUCUCUCUCUCUGCAGCCCCCAGCUCUACAGCCUCAUCCUCGCUCCAUAUCAGCCGAGGUCGACACAACACUGCUUGUUUUUUUCUCAGAUUCUCGCAAACGAAGGGGGAGAGAAAUUGCUUGGUGUCUUUGCUUGCCUGGUGAGUUGGCUAAGAAAAGCAGACGACGAUGUCCACAAGCGAGCGUUUCGACUGCCAUUACUGCAAGGACUCCCUGCUGGGGAAGAAGUACAUAAUGAAAGAGGACGUGCAGUACUGCACUAAGUGCUAUGAGAGCCUGUUCGCCAACUGCUGUGAGGGAUGCUCUUUACCGAUUGGCUGCAACUGCAAGGACCUGUCCUAUAAGGAUCGCCACUGGCACGAGCAGUGCUUCAAGUGCGCCAAGUGCAGCCGCUCUCUGGUGGAGAAGGCCUUUGCCGCCAAAGAAGAUUUAUUGCUCUGCACCGAGUGCCAUGCCAAUGACUAUUCCUCCAAGUGUACCACCUGCAAGAAAACCGUCAUGCCAGGUUCCCGCAAAAUGGAAUACAAGGGGAACAGCUGGCAUGAGACCUGCUUCCUGUGCCACCGCUGCCAGCAGCCAAUAGGAACCAAGUCCUUCAUCCCCAAAGACACUGGCUACUUCUGCGUGCCCUGUUUCGAGAAGCAGUUUGCCUACCAGUGCUGUGCCUGUAAGAAGUCCAUCACAACAGGUGGAGUGACGUACCAGGACAAGCCGUGGCACCGUGACUGCUUCCUAUGCAUUGGCUGCAGAAAGCAGCUGUCGGGCCAGCGCUUCACCUCCCGGGAGAACUUCCCCUACUGCCUCGAAUGCUUCAGCAACCUGUAUGCAAAGAAGUGUGUGGGCUGCACCAAGCCAAUCACCAGUCUGGCAGGCGCCAAGUACAUCUCCUUCGAGGAGCGCCAGUGGCACAGCGAGUGUUUCACCUGCACCCAGUGCUCCAUGUCACUGGUGGGACGCGGCUUCCUCACCCAGCGCGACAACAUCAUGUGCACCGACUGCGGCAGGGAGAAGUGAUCUUUCCAGCGGGGGUCGCCGCUUAAUCCGAAUAGCAGCAGGGCCUAAUGCUCCGAUACAGAUACUGUAGAGUCAUGAAUAAUUUUCUUCUCAGCGUGUCUGAUGCAUAACCAAAUUCUGAAUGUCAAACGCUUGGUGUUAUAAAUGAACAUGCGUUCGCUCACACUGCCCACACACCCGCACACACACACAAACAAACACACACACACACACACACACACACACACACACACACAUACAUUUUCGCAUUAAAUAAACGUGUAGCUUUUUGGUCAGGACGCCAUAUGUGCCAUUGUGAAAAGGAUGAAAUGCUGUUAAAUAUUAGAGCUGAUGUUGACCAAUUGAUCAAUUGACAUAAGAUUAAUUAACUAAUUACUUUUCAGGUAAUAAGAGUUCUCAAGAUAUGAUACUCUUUAAAAUCUUGUUUAACAGUAAACACAUGUCUAGUUUUUCGACGGUUAAAUGUAUAAAUCAAGUCCCUUUGACAUAAUGAGAACUAAACUACCUCAGGCUACUGGCUGUUGCUUGUGCAGAGCCAUACAAAUUAAAUAGUCUGAUAAGCUAAAUUAUUCAUCUGUUAUAACACAGAAGGUAAAAAAACAAAACACUCCUGGAUUCGCCCCUUAUACCCAGCUGCACCAGUGUAGUCGUCCCAGGCCCAGGCUCCAGUCAAGUGUGGUGGAAAUCAGUUAAGUGGGUUUAAGGAGAAAAGAAGUUAAAGAAACUGAAAAAAGUAAAUCCCGAACUCGCAUCUUAAAUGUACUUGGUUCUUCCCCUGCCAUAGUUACACCCUUCAAAUAAAUCUCACUUAGGAAACCAAUAUUCAGCAUGCCACUUGUUUACGAAAACAAACCAUCUGCUGGAUAUUUCUGAUUUUGCUUCUAGAUUUACUUAUUCAUACUAUGACUGCAUGGGGAAAAAAAUAUGUAAAAAUAUGCAUGAUAAGUGCUUCUCAUAUGUGAAAUGCUUAAAAAAUACAAAAGGUUAUUACAAUAAAGACCUUUCUAUGUACAUCAUG